AUGGCCCUGAUGCAGGCUGCUUCUUCGUUCGGAGCCAGCAAGUGAUUGCCACUCCUUCAGCUCUGAACUGCAUCAACAGGGAUACAGCCUGAGGAUCCCCUUCUCCCAGGUGGCUGGCAAAGCUCUCUGAGGCCAGACGGCAUGGCACAGAAGAGGAUUGCAGUUAUUGGAGCUGGCGUUUGUGGACUGAGCUCCAUUAAAUGCUGCUUGGACGAGGGGCUGCAGCCCAUCUGCUUCGAGAGAAGCAGCGACAUUGGAGGGCUCUGGAGAUUUGAGGAGAAUCCUGAAGAGGGCAGAGCCAGCAUCUACAAAUCUGUCAUCAUCAACACCUCCAAGGAGAUGAUGUGCUUCAGUGACUUCCCCAUCCCAGCCGAUUUCCCCAACUACAUGCACCACUCCAAAGUCAUGGAAUAUUUCCGCAUGUACGCCGAGCACUUCAACCUUCUGAAAUACAUCCGCUUCAAGACCACAGUGGUCAGUGUGACAAAGAGCCCGGAUUUCUCCACCACGGGCCAAUGGGACGUUGUCACGGAAACUGAGGGGAAGCAGGAGUCAGCCAUCUUCGAUGGGGUCAUGGUUUGCACCGGCCAUCACACCAACGCCCAUCUGCCACUGGACUCCUUCCCAGGGAUCGAAAAGUUCAGAGGCCGCUACUUCCACAGCCGCGAUUACAAGAAGCCCCAGGAGUUCUCGGGGAAGAGAGUCAUUGUGAUCGGCAUUGGCAAUUCGGGAACGGACCUGGCAGUGGAGCUCAGCCACACUGCAGCUCAGGUUUUCCUUAGCACCAAGCGGGGUGCAUGGAUACUUGGUCGGAUUGGAGAAGAAGGGUACCCCCUGGACACAAUUUAUCUCACCCGCUAUAUGGAAUUCCUCAUGCGCAUUGUGCCUCUAUCCCUGCUUAACUACUUUGCAGAAAAGAAACUGAAUGCAAAAUUCAACCAUGCAAUCUAUGGUUUGCAACCUGCACACAGGUUUUUCAGCCAGCACCCAACCUUCAACGACGACCUGCCAAACCGCAUUAUCUCAGGCAAGGUGCUGGUAAAACCAAACGUCAGGGAGUUCACCGAAACCAGCGCCAUCUUUGAAGAUGGCACCAGAGAGGAGGACAUUGAUGUGGUUAUCUUUGCUACGGGAUACCGCUUCUCUUUCCCCUUCCUCGGGGAUUGUGCCAAAGUGGUCAAAAACCAGGUCUCCCUGUAUAAAUUUGUCUUCCCUCCUCAGCUGGAGAAGCCAACUCUGGCUUUCAUUGGCCUCAUCCAGGCUUUGGGAGCCGUCAUGCCCAUUGCUGAACUCCAGGGUCGCUGGGCCACACGUGUGUUCAAGGGGCUGAACAGAUUGCCUUCAGCAAGUGACAUGCUGGCUGAUAUUGCCCAGAAGAGAGAGGAAAUGGCAAAACGGUAUGUGAAAAGCCAGCGCUAUACCAUCCAGGCGUAUUACAUCCCGUACAUGGAUGAAGUGGCCUGCCUGGCAGGGGUCAAGCCCAAACUCCUGUCUCUCUUCCUCAUGGAUCCAAAGCUCGCCAUGGAGGUUUUCUUUGGCCCCUGCACCUCAUACCAGUAUCGCCUGAGAAGGCCAGGGAAGUGGGACGGAGCCAGGGAAGCCAUCUUGACCCAGAGAGAACGGAUCAUUAAACCUCUGAAAACUAGAGUCCUAGAUGAUUAUACAGGUGCCUUGGUGCCUUACUACCUUCAGAUUUUUCUCAUUGUUGCUUUAGUUGCUGUAACUUUUGCUUAUUUUCCUUGGUCCUUUUUUCCCUUCUGACAAGUGUCAUUUUUCAAGCUGCGAGUCCAGUUCAUGGUUUCCCUUCUUUCCUUUGCAUUCAUAUGGGCAGACUGGACUAUGGUGGGCACCUCUGAAUCUGUCUUCUGUGUAGGGUAAACUUGCUCUAAUGCAAAUGCAAAGUCUGCAGUAAGGGUGCACAAGGCCUGUUAAAUCCCAUUCAAGCCCUGUUUUGGAACCCCACAACAAGUGAUAUAAUAAGAGGAAAUCCCUGACCAUUCCCAAAGUCUCCAGUGGCCUGGUUCAGGCAGUGUGACUGGAGAUCAAGGGGCAGGCUGGCAUCUUUGCUGGCAGAUUCAUAGUUGGCUGGUUGGUGUCCAUGGUGAAUCGAGUCAUGGCUGAUUCCCAACCUCAAGUGCAGGAGGGGCUUGUGGGCUCUGUUGUCUUCUAGUUCUUAUGCUUGCUACAGCUUCUGGGUGCUUAAGCAUCCUGGAUCAGAGCAGGGCUCCAAGUCAAUUUCAAGCAUCUGCCUGAGAGAACCAGAAAAUGGCUUCCUCUCCAUGUAGCUGAGAAAAACAACUCCCCCUCAGGUGCUCUCUUGGGUCCCAUUGUCCCUCCACAGAGCAACCCACAGCCCAGUCCACCAAUCACUGUUGUGUGUACUCUCCAGCAGGCAGCAGACUCAGUCACUAUGCUGUGCUUCUCCCUGAAGGAGCUGCAUCUACAGUCCCAUGCUGGCAGGGGCUACAGGUCACUUUAGGGUGGAAUUAGGGACAAGGGUGUCAUGGAAGGCAGCAGCCCUCAGGCCCUGGGGGAGCAGGAGAAGCUCUUGGAGCCUGGCCUGAGUUAAGGCUCAGUAAAGACUCGGUGCCUCGCACAUGGAAGAGAUGGAGCCCUGAGUAGAGGGAAGGGUCUGAGCUCUAUAGACCACAGAAUCCCUGUCUAGGAAGGACUUUGGCUCAGAGUAGGUUUGUCCCAGCAGCACACAGCUAUUCAAGCAAAGCUAAAGCAAAAGUCUUGCUGUUAUUGUUAUCUGGAUCUGUUAAGUGUGUUUAAUUUGGUCAGUCUGCUUUUCUGAACACACUUCCAUUACUUCAGCCUGACCAAGUAAAUCUCUCUGUUUAUGUGUGAUCCUUGCAUGUGCCCUUCCUAGGGAAGCCCAUAAAGUGUCAGGCUCGAAUAGUUGGUGUGCCUACAAUGCUUGUCAUGUGGUGGUCACAGCUACUAACCAUAUACUUUGUGUGUGAUGGCUCAUGCAACCCUCAUUCAUGCUUAUCUGGAACAAACGAGGGAUGAUGAGAAUCUGAGAUUUUUUUGAGGAAACGAAAUGGCUCAUUGCCAUCAUCAAACACGCUUAGUCUACUAAGGACCAUUGCCAGCCAGAGUGAUCUCACUAGACAGUGUCCUAUCAGGUGUUGUGAGAUUCCCAGCUCAGGUGCAAUCCUGUCAAUCCACAAAUCGCUGGGGCUGCCCCAUGGGUGGCACUAGUUAGGGGCAGGGCAUGCAUCCUUUGGCACAUCGAUGGACAGCAAGGGAAGCUUUUGUCCAUCUUGGUAAUGCUGCUUUUGCAUAUAAUGAGCAACUAAAGAAAAGACAGAUCUUUGUGAGAUUGUGCCAUUUCCCACAAAGUCAAACCACUUUAUGCUCAGGCUGAAGCUCAAAUAAGAACAUUUGUGUUUUUUGACCUUUUUGAUAAAUGAUCUUCACAAAGACACCUUGAAACCCACUCAGAAGUCCCAGCCUUUGAAGUUCCUGGUUUCAUUCCUCUUCAACUAUCUUGUCCCAGGUUGAUACAAAGUACAAGUGUGGGAACUGUGGGAAUAUUCUUAUGAACAAUAGGUGUGACUCAACUUACCCAAUCAUUUUGCAUUGCUUCUCACUGAGUAUGAAGGGGUUAAUUUCUCCCUGGGGACAAGGUUGUAGAUCACAUCAGCCUGCCUAGAACGGAUUGGAAUCAACACAGGUGCAUGGAGGUCCCUGGAGAGGCAACAGAAGCCCCAACAACUGAACAUUAACUUUCAAUGGCUGGCAUCCAAGGAAGCUGAACAUAUGACCACAGCACAGCUGCUUCUGGAGCCACAGGGGCCAGGUGUUAAUAGUGUGUGUCUUAGUUUGCUGCUGCCCAGGCCAGACACACGUGACACAGAGAGGCUGAGACAGACUCCAGGAGGCCUUGGAACAGUAGGGCAAUUGCUUUGGCCAAUAUAUACUGGGACUUAAACUUUGCUUUACCCUUCUAAUGUAGACUCUUAAUUGCUGUUCUCCAGUUGACUAAUAAAUGCUUUCUCGGUUUUGGUAAAA